ACAACGGGGGAGUGUUUGGGGAACGUGGUGAGCGAUGGAAGGCUGGUGAGGAACGCCCGCGGCCUGCAGAACGCGCAGUUCGGCAUCCGCAAGGAUGGCACCCUGGUGUUCGGCAGCUGUUUGGAGAAGAGGCUUUCAUGUGCCAUUGCCGAAGUGAACCCUUUUGUGCAGCUCGUGAGCGGGGUGGUUUGGCUCUUGAGGAACAGAGAAGUGUACAUCAAUCAGAGUCGAAUGGCUGAGUGUGAUGAAACUCAAACCACAGGAACCUUUGACAGGUUCAUCAAUGUGAUAUCAGCCAGGACUGCAGUUGGACAUGACAGUCAGGGGCAGCUGGUGCUGGUUCAUGUGGAUGGACAGACGGAAUCCAGAGGGCUUAACCUGUGGGAAAUGGCCGACUUCUUGAGGCAGCAAGGAAUCAUCAACGCUAUCAACCUGGACGGUGGAGGCUCCGCAACGCUCGUCCUCAACGGGACCCUUGCGAGUUACCCCUCUGAGCACUGCUCCUUCGACAACAUGUGGCGCUGCCCGCGGAGCAUCUCGACGGUCCUGUGCGUGCACGAGGCGGCCUGCGAGCCCGCGGACUGCAGCGGCCACGGGCUCUGCGUGCGCGGGACGUGCAGCUGCAGCGGCCGCUUCUGGCGCGGCGCCGCCUGCGACGUGCUCGACUGCGGCCCGGCCAACUGCAGCCUCCACGGCACCUGCACCGGCUCUGGAUGCGUGUGCGAUGCUGGCUGGACUGGCAGCAACUGCAGUGAAGCAUGUCCCAUGGGCUGGUAUGGCCCAAACUGCCAGAAACUCUGUGCAUGUGAACACAUGUGCCCUUGUGACCGACAGACAGGCAGCUGUAACAUCACCUAUGACGUGGCACUACAGGACCAGUUAAACAAAG